AAGUAAAAUCAUUUAAAAAGUGACAAAGGAGCAAAGUACCCUUCAUCCGGAUGCUGCUCAGUGACUAGUGAGAGCUCCACUUAUUCCAUCCCCAGCCUAUUAAACCACCCCAAAGCUUUGUGCUCUUUGAUCAAGUAUCAAGUAGAGAGAGAGACACAGAGAGCUCUCUGUCUCUCAGACAAUGGGUGUUUUGGAAGUCUUGUUGUUUACCAAUGUCUCUCUGCUAUCAACUAUCUUCACAGUGUUGGCAAUACUGGCAGGAGUUUUGGGGUACUUGUAUGGGCCCUACUGGGGGGUGAGGAGGGUACCUAGCCCACCAACUAUCCCCUUGGUAGGGCACCUUCCCUUGCUGGCAGAGUAUGGUCCUGAUGUAUUCUCAGUUCUUGCCAAACAGUAUGGCCCUAUUUUCAGGUUUCAUAUGGGCAGGCAGCCACUUAUAAUUGUAGCAGAUGCAGAGCUUUGUAGAGAAGUUGGAAUUAAGAAGUUCAAAGAUAUUCAAAACAGAAGCAUCCCAUCUCCCAUCUCAGCUUCCCCUCUUCAUCAGAAAGGUCUCUUUUUCACCAGGGAUGCAAGAUGGUCUGCCAUGCGAAACACUAUAUUAUCAGUGUAUCAACCAUCACACCUAGCCAGCCUUGUGCCUACCAUGCAGUCCUUCAUUGAAUCUGCGACUGAAAAACUUGGCUCCUCCAAAGAAGAAGAUAUUACCUUUUCCAAUCUCUCCCUCAGAUUGACCACAGAUGUGAUAGGACAAGCUGCCUUUGGUGUCAACUUUGGCCUUUCUAAACCACAGUCCAUCAGUGAUUCAAUCAACAAGCAGAUUGGUGGUUCCCAAGACAUUAACAAUGAUGAAGUCUCAGACUUUAUCAACCAACACAUAUAUUCCACAACACAGCUUAAGAUGGACUUGUCAGGCUCCUUAUCAAUCAUACUGGGACUACUUGUACCUAUUCUCCAGGAGCCAUUCAGGCAAAUCUUGAAGAGAAUUCCUGGCACUAUGGACUGGAAAGUUGAACGUACGAACCGGAAAUUAAGCGGCCGGCUUGAUGAGAUUGUAGGGAAGAAAAUGAGAGACAGGGACAGAGGUUCAAAGGACUUCUUAUCACUCAUAAUG